UACCACUGCAUCAGCUUUAGUUUUUUUUUAUGCUUAGCUCUACAGCUUCUGGUUUAUAUAUGCGCCUGGAUGUGACUUUUCAUUGCCCUUUAUUUACCCCCACGCACACCCCACAACUAAACUUGCUCUAAGCUAGCUCAGUUGCUUCAUUCUGGACUCCAAAUGGAACCCACAACUCCUUCGCCUGCACAUCCUGAGACUAUGGACAUGCUUUCACGAGCAUGGUGUAGUUUUGUAGUUCAAACUCUAAGCCCUGAGCUGCACCCUGACAAAUCUCUAGCUCUCUUAGACACCCCCAUCAAGGAUCGUUCAGAUCCUUUUCCAAUUCAGAGAGUGCAGAAAACUGUAAAGAUGGAAGCUGAAGAUCAUGUCAAAUCCAUACCACCAUGGAAAUCAAAUGAUAUGAAGUCGUUUAUAUGGAUGCAACAAGCAAUGCAUCCGGAGUUGAACUACAGCAGUAAUUUCAGAAAGAAAUGGUUUCAAUGGAAAAUCGUGCCAUUCAAGAACUUGUCAAUAAAGAAAUGGCUAAGUAACAUAAGACAGAGUCGAAAAGAUGAAAAUAGGCUUCAGAGGGCUGAAAUUCAUGCAGCUAUAUCCGUGGCUGGUGUAGCAGCUGCACUUGCAGUCAUUGCAGCCGACACCUCAAGAUCGAAGGAUGACAACUCAGGCUGCGGUAGGGAGGCUGCUGUGGCUUCUGCAGCCGCUUUAGUGGCAGCACAGUGCGAACAAGUGGCCCAAGCAAUGGGCGCCAAAAGGGAACAGCUUAGCAGUGUGAUUGGGUCAGCCUUGAGCAGUACCACUGCCAGGGAUAUCCUCACGCUCACAGCUGCUGCUGCCACAUCAUUGAAAGGAGCAGCCACGCUUAAAGCAAGAUCCGACUACAAAAACAAAUCAACUGGAGGAGUUGCAUCCGUGCUUCCUAUAGAAGACAACCAUGAGAUUGAGAUUGAUUUCAAUCUUGAAAAAUCAAGAUCCAUGCUUGCUAAAGGUGUUCUUCUCAAAGUUGAGUCACCAAAUGGAACGUACAAGAAGAGAUCCAUCUCCGUCGUCCAAAACAACGACACGAAAGUGAUUCUGAAGAUCAGAAAGCUCAAUAUGUUGAAGACCACACAAGAAAGUGUGGUGUUAGAUAUGUUCGUCGAGUUAUAUAGGGAUGAAGAUGCAGGCGCCAUUGACGACGUCGAUGAGGAGAUUCAUACAUGUUAUCUCAUUGUUUUAAUGACAAAUAAGGGCACAUUCAAGUUAGACAUGGCGAAUGAUUAUCAUAAGUAUAAGAUAUGGGCAACCACUAUAAAUCAAAUGCUCAUGCUUUCUGCUCAUUCUUUUACAUGAGUAUGAACCUUCGUGUUCUGAUGUUAUGGUGUUACUUCAUGCAUCUUACUGUGUUUCCUAAAGUCAAAAUUUGUAAUUUAAUUAGUACAUAUGUUCAUCUUAAAUUGUAUGAGAAUAUUCUUUUA